AUGGCAGGAAACAAGAAGGAACCUUGGAAGAAGGACUUGCCACAGGUGACAAAAUCCUUAGUUGUUGACAGUGAGUGGCGCUUCAAGGUGCCGGCGGUCCUGCCGGCGCGCAAAGGCACGAGGCGGGUCCCUGUACCUCGUUCGAUGGCCACCCCGCAACUGGUGCAGCAAACCCCCAGCCCCUCCUCCGCGUCUGCCCCAAGCUCUAGCGAGCAACUGGAACGGCUCUGUCGUCGCUGCAACAAGUACUUCAGCCCUGCUCGCAAUUCUCCCCAGUCCUGUCGCUUCCACAGGAAAGAGUUUGUGUGCCGCUGGCACGACGACCAGCGCCGGUACUAUGAGCUGGGGCCGGACGAGCCGCCCUAUGCCGCCAAGUUCUACGACUGCUGCAAUGCUGAGGACAUCAACGCGCCUGGAUGCGCCACCAGCAAGCACAUCACUUACGACGAUCUAGAGGAAGACUAGCUGAAAGAAAGGACGCCGGUUUUUCUCCGUUGUGAAAAAAGCCUCUAGGUGGGGCGGCCCUGACACGUAGUAGCCCAAUGGCCGUUCUAUGCGAGACCAACCAGAUGUCGCUUGCUCUAGAGAGGCGCAUCUUUGCGUCUUCC